AUGCAUAUUCUAGUUGUCAACGACGACGGACCGCCGUCGAACCAGUCUUCGCCGUAUAUCCAUUCGCUCGUCGUCUCGCUGCAAUCGGCCGGACAUACUGUUUCAGUAGUAUUACCACAUCAGCAGCGAUCAUGGAUUGGUAAAGCACACCUGGUCGGAGCAGCGGUGAAGCCCACCUACUUCCGGCCUGGGACUUUGCACAAGGACGAUGGAACAACUCACGAGUUGCCCCACGGUAUGAACGAAGGCGACGACGAAGAAUACGACGGCGAUGAGUGGAUCCUUGUCGACUCGACGCCGGCUAGCUGUGUGCAGAUCGGCCUAUACCACUACUUUGACGACCGCGGUCCGAUCGACCUGGUCGUUUCUGGGCCGAACUAUGGCCGGAACUCGACAGCGCUCUUUGCCAUGUCCAGCGGAACGAUUGGUGGCGCCAUGGAGGCCGCGGUCUGUGGGAAACGUGCCAUCGCUCUGUCAUACGCAUUCAGCUCGCGUCAGCAUGAUCCCAUCGUUAUCGCGGAGGCUUCGCGGCAUUCGGUCCGGUUGAUCGAGUACCUUCACAAGAACUGGGCGGAGGGAGUCGAUCUAUACAGUGUCAAUGUACCUCUGGAGCCUGGUGUGAGCGAGGCCAAGGUUCUCUACACCCAGAUGCUCGAUAAUCGCUGGUCGUCUGGCAGCUGCUUUAAGGCUGUUGAGGCAUCUGCCUCGAUGGACGGCCCGAGUGCGCAUGAGCACAAGCUGCGGGAAGAAGGCGAGGGUGCUGGGAAAGCUCUGGCUGCAGAAGGGAGCAAGCCUUCGAUCAAGCGAUCUCGCAUCCAACACAAGCACUUCGAGUGGGCGCCCAAUUUCACGGAUGUCUACAGAAGCGUGGAUGAGGGUACGCCUGGAAAUGACGGGUGGGUUGUGAAGGAGGGAAUGACUAGUGUGACGCCGUUGAAGGCUAAUUUCAUGCACACGCCCGGUAUCGAAGGGGAGAUCAAGCUACCGGAUAAUAAUGAGCCUACAUUAUAUACCAUCGUGGACAGCGACAAUCCAUACGUCCAGAGUCUCAUGGAGCAGGCCCUGCAGCGUCGCCUCGGCGCCGGCCAAAGUCGCACCAUCUCCUCCCUGGCCGACCUCCCGUCUCCCUCCGCUCCUGUGUUCCAGUAUCGCGAAUACGAACGGCUGGAUUUCGAGCACGCCAUGAUGCACUCCUCGUCGUCCCUCGCGAACGCCUACAUCAUCCGCAAGGCGCUGAUCCGCAAACACUACCUGUCCAACACCGUCACGAACUGGGUGACCAAGCACCCGGACAGCGUUUUGGCCAAGCACUUCAAGUUCGCCUGCGACUUCGAGCUCGACUACGCGGAAUUCCUCGACGACGCCCUCCUAGAGGCCUACGAGCUCCGCGAGAGCCUCGAACGCAACGAGACCCUACCGGAGUCCGAGAAGGAAUGGUGGAUCCUCAAAGCCGGGAUGAGCGACCGCGGCAACGGCAUCCGGCUGUUCAACAGCGAAGACGGACUCCGCGAGAUCUUCGAAGAAUGGGAUCCUGAUUCGGAUGACGAGGAGGAAGAUGAUGAGGAGGAGGGGAGUGACUCGGAGCGUCCCACCAAGCCCGAGGAUGACGACGACGACGACAACGAUCACGGCGUGGUCACCUCGCAACUGCGCCACUUCAUCGCGCAGCCGUACAUCGACCCGCCGCUCCUGCUCCCCUCGGCCGCGAACCGCAAGUUCCACAUCCGCACCUACGUCCUGGCCGUUGGCUCGCUGAAGGUCUACGUCUUCCGGGAGAUGCUGGCCCUGUUCGCCGCGAAGCCCUACUGCGCGCCCGGCGACGAAGAAAAACAAGGCGACGGGGUCACGGACCUGGCCCGCCACCUCACCAACACCUGCUUCCAGGACGGCGGCAGCGCCAACGAAGGCAGCGUCCGCCGCUACUGGCAGCUGGACGAGGCCGUCCCGGGCCUCGCGCCGGACUGGAAGGAAACGCUCUUCGAUCAGAUCUGCGCCGUCACCGGCGAGGUCUUCGAGGCCGCCGCCCGCGGCAUGAUGGUGCACUUCCAGACCCUUCCCAAUGCCUUCGAGCUGUUCGGCGUCGACUUCCUCGUCGAUCACACCGGCAACGCCUGGCUGUUGGAGCUGAACGCCUACCCGGAUUUCGCCCAGACCGGCGAGGAGCUGAAGGAUCUGGUCGUGGGGCGUCUGUUCGAGGAGACGGUCGAUGUGGCUGUCAAGCCGUUCUUUGCGCUGGGGGAGGAGGCGACGGCGGCGGUCAAUGGGACGGACUCGAUGAGGCUGGUUGCUGAUUUGGAGUUGGGGCGGAAAGAUUAG